AUGCCAACUAAAGACGGACGAAUCACCAAAUCCAAAAUCCCGCGCCAAUCGUCGACGCCGACAAGACGCGUCUCCGCCAACCAAAAAACUCUGCCACUGGUCGAACGUACCAACGCAUUAAGCAUUCAAGACUUUAUCUCAGCCUACGUGUCUCGAGACACACCACAGACACAUUCCACAAUUAAGGAAUAUCCACAUGGACCAACUGAAUCGGAUCCACUGGCAGCACGCCAGCAGAACGACACCUGCAGCAAAAGCGACACGUCCUUGGAUGUCUACUCUGCUUCAACAAUCCCAGCUGCAGACCUAGAAGCUUGUCUCAAUCUCAUCGAGCUGACAUCCAGCGAGGCAUAUGCUGCCUCUGGAGUAGGAUGGUCUCGUACUAAAAAGCGCAAGGAAAUGCAACUUCCUGAUAUGAAGUACCUGAUUGUGCGUGAUAGCGCGCUGACCGGUAAUUCGGCUGGAGCUCGGGUCGGGGCCGAUGCUGAUGCCGAUCGAAGCGAUGGGCCGGCAAAGGACGAAGAUGGAACUGAAUUGGGAGUUGCGGGGAGUGAAGAUAAGAGUGAGGAUAGCGAAAGCCUGGGUAAUAAGGCAGAUAAGGGUGUUCUUGGGUUUUUGUCCUUUAUGGUUACUUAUGAAGAUGGCAAGGAGGUUGUCUACUGCUACGAGAUUCACUUGUCGGCUGAGGCUCGGGGGCGUGGGUUAGGUGGGUUGUUGAUGAAGAGGAUGGAAGAGAUUGGUCGGUCGGUUGGACUAGAAAAGACCAUGCUUACAGUUUUUAAGUCUAAUAUGGCUGCGUGUCGAUUUUAUGAGAAAGGUGGGUAUGUGGUUGAUGAGCAUUCGCCUCAGCCGAGGAAGUUGCGAAAUGGGACGAUUAAGGAGUUUGAUUAUUUGAUUUUGUCGAAGCGAUUGAGUCAAUGA